CGCACAUUGCGCGAUGAUGUCACGUCGCCGGUCGUUUACUAGCGCUUCACUGAAGACGAGAUUUGUGUUCUGUCCGGGAAAGCGUUGCUGCCGGCUUUUGGAGCAGGAUCUGCAUCCGGUUAGGAGUCCAGUUCAGGUGCUGGUUCAGAAGCUGGUUGUUUUAAAAUGAAGACAUCAAUAGCAGCCACUGAAUAAAGUGUGUAUUGCAUUUUCGACCCGCUUUUUUUGCCUUCAUCAUGAGCAGAAUGGAAUUGUCACGGACACACAGCAACUCCUGUAUUUUACAAAAGAGAUGUUUGAAUAAACUAUUGUUAAGCCUGGUCUUUGGCUUGUGCCUAACUGUCUUAGUGAACUCUGAUGAAGACUAUUACAAAUUACUAGGAGUUUCCAAAGAUGCAAGCAACAGAGAAAUAAGACAGGCCUUCAAAAAGCUUGCUCUCACGAUGCAUCCUGAUAAAAAUCCGAAUAAUCAGGAUGCUCACGACAAGUUCUUGAAGAUAAACCGAGCCUACGAAGUGUUGAAAGAUGAAGACUUGAGAAAGAAAUAUGACAAAUAUGGUGAGAAAGGUCUUCAAGAUAACCAGGAAGCUGGUAGAUAUGAAAGCUGGAACUUUUACCGAUAUGAUUUUGGCAUUUACGAUGAUGACAUUGAGAUCAUCACUUUGGACAGGGCAGACUUUGAUGCUGCUGUUAACUCUGGAGAGCUUUGGUUUGUCAACUUCUAUUUUCCCCGCUGCUCACACUGCCAUGAUCUGGCCCCAACGUGGAGAGAAUUUGCUAAGGAAAUGGAUGGCUUAAUCCGCAUUGGGGCUGUAAACUGUGGUGACAAUAGAAUGCUGUGUCGAUCAAAAGGAAUCUCCAGUUAUCCCAGUCUGUACAUAUUUAAACUGGGAAAAAAUCCAGAGAAAUACAAUGGAGAUCGAUCAAAGAAGAGCCUUAUCAGCUUUGCUAUGCAGUUUGUCACAACCCAGGCAACAGAACUAUGGACUGGUAACUUUGUGAAAGCUGUGGAGACUGCAUUUUCAUCAGGCACCGGAUGGCUAAUCACAUUUUGUGCCAGCACAGGAGACUGCCUUUCUUCAGAAACCCGACAUAAAUUAGCAGGAAUGUUGGAUGGUCUGGCUCAUGUUGGCUGGAUUGACUGUACUUCUCAAGGGCAGCUUUGUGAAAGUUUUGAUGUUACUACUAGCAUGACAGCAUAUUUCCCACCUGGAGCAUCUCUUCAAAUAAAAGGCGGAGGUUUGUUUUUUAGCAGCCUUGAUGCAAAGGAGAUCUACAGUGGAGUAUUGGAGCAUUUACCCGGUUUAGAGGCUCUUACUAAAAACAAUUUUAAGGAUAAAUUAUCUCAUCAUCGCUGGCUUGUACACUUUACGUUUGGAGAAAAAGAGGAAGGUACAAAUGAAUACAAGAAGCUGAAAAUGCUUCUUAAAGAUGAGCAAAUUCAGGUUGGGCACGUCAACUGCAAGGAGGAGUUAGAUGUGUGUAAUUCUCUGUACAUCCACAAGCCAAGCAUAGCUGUUUUCAAAGGAACUGGUGUGAACAAUUUUGAAAUCCACCAUGGAAGGAACAUUUUAUUCAACAUCGUUGCCUUUGCUAAAGAUAGCAUCAAUGCCCAUGUGAUCACACUCGGACCUCAGAAUUUUCCCAACAACGAGAAGAAACCCUGGCUGGUGGAUUUCUUUGCACCAUGGUGCCCCCCUUGCCGUGCUCUACUUCCAGAAUUAAGAAAAGCCUCUAAACAGCUGUAUGGCCAGUUGAAUUUUGGCACUAUUGAUUGCACCAUCCAUGAGGGCCUUUGCAAUAUGUAUCGGAUCCAAGCAUAUCCCACUACGGUUAUAUUCAACCAGUCCAGCAUUCAUGAAUAUGAUGGUCACCAUUCUGCUGAAGGAAUUUUGGAGUUUAUUGAGGAUCUGGUGAACCCCUCCGUUGUGGCUCUUACCCCUGAAACGUUUGAGGCGCUGCUUUCAAAGAAGAAGGAUGACAACUGGGUAGUAGAUUUCUACGCUCCGUGGUGUGGCCCAUGUCAAGCUCUAAUGCCAGAGUGGAAGAGAAUGGCUCGGAUGCUCAGUGGCGUUAUCAGUGUUGGAAGUGUGGAUUGUCAGAAGUACAACACUUUAUGUCAUGAGGCAGGUGUCAAAGCAUACCCCGAAAUCCGCUUUUAUCCACAAAAUUCCAAAGAAUACCAGGUUUAUAAUGGGUGGCACCGGGAUGCUUUCUCUCUUCGAGGCUGGUCCUUGGGGUCUCUUCCACGUGCUUCAGUAGACUUAACACCUGAAGACUUCAAUAAAAAAGUUUUGAAUGGAAAAGAACACUGGGUGGUGGACUUCUAUGCUCCUUGGUGUGGACCCUGCCAGCAUUUUGCCCCAGAGUUUGAGCUCCUCGCCAAGUCUGUUAAGCAAACCAUUAAAGCUGGUAAAGUGGACUGUCAAGCUUACCCUCAUGUGUGCCAGAGUGCUGGAGUGCGAGCGUACCCUAGUGUCCGCUUCUUCCCUUACAUUGAAGGAAGGCAGAAACAUCCUGAGGGAGAGCACAUUAACAGCAGGGAAUCCAAAGCAAUUGCAGAUCUUCUGAAUCAGAGGCUACAGCAGAUAAAUCCCCACGUACAGGACAAGUCACAUGUCAAGUUCAUGGAUGAACUUUAAUGAAGGAUAAGAGGAAGAAAGGUAUUUUGGGUGGCUGCCACUUCUUUGCCCAAAAAAAACUAAAAUAGACUUACAGAAGGCACGCCAUGUUAAAAUAAAAAAUAACGAGGUAAAAAACAAGAAAACUGACAACAGUCUGCUCUCCUGUGCUCUUGAAGUGGAGGGACUGCACUGAAGUGCAUUGCAAGGCUUUCAUGGACAUUGAGAUUUGACUUCCCUCUUGAGGCAUUUUGGUGGUUUGUAGAGUUUUGUCAUCACAGACGUGGUCUUUGGGCAAUUUGCUGAAAAACUUAAAACCGACAAAUGGGGCGCUGGAAACAGAAGACCUUGGGGAUUUGGUCAGACGUUCCGGUCGUUUUUCAGGUUCUCUGGAGUGUUGCACUUCACUUCUCUGAAAGCCUUCACUGACAUUUAGUCGUAUUGAUUCUGUUU